AUGUCCGAGAAAGUUCGAGUUCGAGUGAUAUAUGAGGAUCCUGAGGUUUUCUUUGAAAAUGGACGGAAAAUAGAAGAGAUCAUCGAAACUGACACAGGACAUCCCGUCAUUCAAACAAAGAGUCUGCCCCCAUUUAUUGUACCCCAGGAGCUCACGCAAGACGCUAUUGCGAAAUUGAAAGCCAUCACCGGAAUCCGGGUUGACGAGUUGCCCAAAGAAGAUGAAUGA